UAUUUUUUACGUUCCUCGACCUCGGAACGCUUUUUUCUGAUGGUCGAUCUUUGACCUUUCCGAUUCCAAGAACCAGAGCCUCGAUCCCUCUCCGAGAAUAAGAGGGAGAGGUUUCGCCGGAAAGUAAUCUCCGCCGGCGAAGGUGGUGGCGAAGACAUGGGUCAGUGCCAGGGGAAGAACAUCGCUGUGGCGGAGGACGCCGACGGAGUUGAGGAUGGUCGACGCCAUCGCCGUAAAAGAACUCCAACGCACCCAUCCAAUGGCUUAUCUUCGUCUUCUGCUACGCCGAAUGCGGCUCAAGGCGGGGCCACGCCGGUACACCAUUCGUUGGGGAACUUUUGGCCUAGUCCGUAUCCGCCGGGCUCCGCGACGGGGAGUCCCCUCCCGGCAGGGAUCGCACCUUCGCCGGCUAGGUCUACCCCUCGACGGUUCUUUCGCCGACCGUUUCCUCCUCCUUCACCCGCGAAGCACAUUAAGGCCUCCCUUGUCAAGCGAUUUGGCACGGCUAAGCCCAAAGAGGGGACCAUCGUUGAGGAUGUCGCGGCUUUGGCCGUGUCUCCUGAGGUGGAGAGGCCUUUGGAUAAGACUUUUGGGUACGGGAAACACUUUGGGGCUAAAUAUGAGCUCGGGAAGGAGGUGGGGCGGGGGCAUUUCGGCCAUACCUGCACAGCGAGGGUGAGGAAGGGGGACAUGAAGGGCCAGAUCGUUGCUGUCAAGAUCAUCUCCAAAGCUAAGAUGACAACAGCUGUGGCAAUUGAAGAUGUUCGUAGGGAGGUGAAAAUACUGAAAGCUCUGUCUGGGCAUAAAAACCUUGUCAAAUUUUACGAUGCAUGUGAGGAUGCCCUUAAUGUCUACAUAGUAAUGGAAUGAAAGAUUAAAUGACAUUGUUGGGAGUGCUUACUAUGUUGCACCUGAAGUCUUGCAUCGAUCUUACAACACUGAAGCAGAUAUAUGGAGCAUUGGUGUAAUAACUUAUAUCUUGCUAUGUGGUAGCAGGCCUUUUUGGGCACGCACAGAAUCUGGAAUAUUCCGAUCAGUUCUGCGAGCUGAUCCUAAUUUUGAUGAUUCACCUUGGCCUACUAUUUCAGUAGAAGCUAAGGACUUCGUCAAAAGACUUCUAAAUAAAGACUACAGGAAGAGAAUGACGGCUGCGCAGGCUUUGACUCAUCCUUGGUUGCGAGAUGGAAACCGGCAAGUCUCUCUUGAUGUUAUUAUAUUUAAGUUAGUCAAAGCAUAUGUUCGUGCCACGCCUCUCAAGCGUGCUGCGCUAAAGUCACUCUCUAAAGCUCUAACGGAGGAUGAACUUUUAUAUCUCAAAUCCCAAUUCAGGUUACUAGAACCGAGUAAGGAUGGGCGCAUCUCCAUGGAUAAUUUCAGAAUGGCACUCCUACGGAAUGCUACCGAAUCAAUGAAAGAGUCCAAGGUUCCUGAUAUUUUGAACAUGUUGGAACCUCUUUCCGGCCGAAGGAUGGACUUCGAAGAGUUUUGUGCCGCCGCCAUCAGUCCAUAUCAGCUGGAAGCCUUGGAAGGAUGGGAACAAAUGGCAAUGAAAGCUUUUGAAUAUUUUGAGAAGGAAGGCAACAGGAACAUCACAGUUGAAGAGCUGGCACAAGAAAUGAACCUCGCUUCCACUGCUUACUCCAUUGUUCAAGAAUGGAUCAGACCUUCAGAUGGUAAGCUGAGCUUUCUUGGAUACACUAAAUUUUUGCAUGGUGUUACAGUUCGAGGCUCCAAUAUUCGGCGUCAAUAGACUCUUAUGUCUGUUCAGGCAAUUGUUUCAUUCUAAUAUUUGUAUCCAUCAUUUCUUAUAGUCGCUUGCACCUUUCUUUUUCUUCAGCCUUUAUUAUUAUUUUUUUUUUAACACACUUAAUAACUGAAUUUAGUUGCUUGUAAAGAUGAAUAUGUGGAUUGGCUUUGGCCUUCUAUGUAUUUCCCCUGUAAUUUGUUUUUUUAUAGAUGUAUUCCAAUUGAAUCUCUGAAGUAGAUCUUUAGUGUUAUA